AUGGCUCCCGGUGAACAUCUUCCAACACCAAAAUUUGCAGAGGACUCUUGGGGACAAGGCGGUGUAUAUUCCACUGCCUUUGGUGCUCCAGUCAGUCAUCCUUAUGAAGUUCAACGUUCUUCUAACAAUGGACCUCUUCUAUUGCAAGAUAUCCAUUUAGUCGAAUUGUUAUCUCAUUUCGACAGAGAACGUAUUCCUGAACGCGUGGUUCACGCCAAAGGGGGUGGUGCUCACGGUCACUUUAAGCUUACACAUCCAAUUCCUCAAUUAACAUGCGCAAAGGUCUUCGCUGUUCCUGGUACCGUUUGCUCUGUCACCGCUCGAUUCUCUACCGUUGGUGGUGAAUCAGGCAGUCCCGAUGCUGCUCGUGAUCCACGAGGAUUCAGUUUGAAGUUCCGCACAGAAGAAGGCAACAUGGACUGGGUUUUCAACAAUACUCCGAUCUUCUUCAUCCGUGAUCCAGCAAAAUUCCCAACUUUCAUCCAUACGCAAAAGCGUCAUCCCCAAACACACGCCACUCACGGUGAUGACUCCACUCAAUUUUGGGAAUACAUGAGUCAAAACCCUGAAUCGGUUCAUCAAUUCAUGUACCUGUUCGGUCCUCGUGGUAUCCCACGCAGUUGGCGUCACAUGCAAGGCUACUCUGGUCAUACUUUCAAGUUUGUCAACAACGACGGAGAAUGGCAUUAUUGUCAAUUCCACAUUUUGUCUCAACAAGGUACUGCCAACUUCACUUCUGAAGAAGCAGGUCAACAAUCUCCCGACGUUCAUCAAUUGGAUUUGUACAACGCAAUUGAAAAGGGCGAUUAUCCAAAGUGGGACAUUAAAUACCAAUUGGCCACUCAAGCUGAAGCAGAUGCAGCCGGCUUAGACGUCUUCGAUCUAACCCGUACUUGGGAUCGUAAGAAGUUCCCAUUGAAGCCAUUAGGUGAAUUGGAGUUGAACCAAAAUGUUGCAAAUUACUUUGCCGAGAUUGAGCAAGUUGCUUUUGCACCAUCAACUCUUGUGCCUGGAAUUGAGCCAAGUGCCGAUCCAGUCUUGCAAAGUCGUUUGUUCAGUUAUCACGAUACCCAUCGUCAUCGUGUCGGAACCAAUUAUCAACAAUUGCCGGUUAACCGUCCUCAAGUACCAUACCACAUGUACAAUAUGCAACGUGAUGGUCAAAUGGCUUUUGAAAAUCAAGGUGGACGUCCACUUCAUCUAUCUUCCAUCAAUCCACCAACGCUCAAGCCUCGUGCUUACGAGCUAGCCAAGAGUGCCGGCGGCGGUGGCCCAGCAAUCAAUUUCUUGUCUGGAGUCACUUCUAAAGACUUUGAACAACCUCGCGAAUUGUACAGAAGAGUAUUCAGCGAACAAGACCGUGAGAACAUCAAGGGCGAAAUCAGUGGACAUAUGAGCACUUCGCGCGACAAGCAAAGUAUCACUCAAGCCAUCAAUAUCUGGUGGUUGGUCGAUGAAGAUUUAGGGAACACUCUUGCAAAGAACCUCAAGUUAGAGCAAGGUUCAUGGCAGAAGCCAUUAAAGGAACUCAAAUUCAUUGGUUCGCACAACUUUGAGGCAAAUGCUGAUGCUUUGACUGAAAAGGCAGGCGAUUUCACUUCUGCAGCUAAAGAGUCAGUUGCAAAUGGUGUCAAAGCCGCAGCUGAUCUUAUCAACGGUAAACCAGCCCACACAAAUGGAACUGCCGUCAAUGGUAUCAAUGGUCAUUAG